AUGGACACCCUGCUCAAAUUUCCAGGCACAGCCACACCGACAAACCAGGGUGUUCAGUCCCACAUCACCACAAGGCUAGCCUUGAGGUCCUUGUCCUUUAAAGGAACAUGCAAUUUUGGCCCAUGCAAGACCAAAAUACAACAACAUAGUGUCAGUUUCAAGGGAAUAACGCACCGCCCAUUCUGGGACAAUCACAGAAUUUCAGCCCAGGAUUCGGACACAGGCUCCAAUUCUUCGUCCAUUUCAGAGUCUCCAUCGCAAAAAGUGAAGCAGUUUUACGCCUGCAUCAAUGACAAAAAUCUCCGACAACUGGGUGAAUGCAUAUCCAAGGAUGCUCAAUUUGACGACUACUCUUUUCCCCAACCCUUCAAUGGAAAAGUCGAAGUUGUGAACUUCUUAAACACGCUCACUGCAAGUAUGGGUCAGAAUGUGAAAUUCAAGGUUGGCCAUGUAUGCGAGGGCGAUGGAUAUUCUGCUACCGCGAACUGGCAUCUAGCAGAAUGGAAAGGUGCAAGGAUCCCAUUCACCAGAGGUUGCACCGUCUUCGAGUUCUCUAAAGAAGGAGAAAAACUAACUAUCAAGAAGGCUGUCGUAUUAAUUGAAUCGCCAAUUAAACCUGGAGGUAUAGUUCUGACGCUGCUGAAGACGGUGACUUCAUUAUUUGAUGACUUUCCAAAGGCAACUGAAUGGUUCUUAAAGAGUCAUCAUGAAGUGCUGAAAAGGAUAAAACAAAUCUACAACAUGCUCAUAGCACCUCUUAUUGUCAACCCACUACUAAAGUGGUACAUCAAGUGUUGGAGCAUUGGGGCUCGAUUGUUCGGCUAUACAUACAACAUUGCGAUUUACAUAUACAGGAUAUUCUUUGGCGGUAAGUAA